GCCUAGAGAUGUUUUUAAAACCUUCGUAACAAACGAAAUUUUUUAUUAAUUGUAAAAAAAAAAAAAAAAAAAUUACUCUUAAAAUAUUUUCAGUCGCAAUUUGAUGCGGAAUAAUUCCAGAUAUUUUUUUUUUUGACGUAAUUAUUUCAUUUUUAAUCAUAACCUAAUUUGAUGGCUUUUUCACAACCUAAUUCACGAGAAUUGCAAAACAGAAAAAUAUUGGAAGAGUUGCAGUUGAAGAAACAAAUGUUAUUGAAACAAGGUGUUGCUCCAACACUGGGUACAUCAUUGAACACACCGCCAACGUCAUCAGCGUCUAAUGCGACAUCGACUAACGAUGGAGUAAAUAUGAACGCAAACCAACGUACUGCACUGCAUAACGCCCAUGCUACAUCAUUUGGUUACUUUGUAACGCAAGAUUCCUCCUUCGGCAACUUAAUACUUCCUGUAUUACCGCGAUUUGACACCAAAUAAUUAAUAAGUAGGUAAGUAAUUAAA